CAGGAGGCUGUGUGGUAAAGCGCUUGGCUUCCAAACUGAGGGGGGUCUCAUGUUUGAAUUUUGGUGAAGACUGGGAUUUUUACUUUCGGGAUUUUUAGGGAGUCCACUCAGCUCUAAUGACAUUGGUUGGGGAAAAGUAAAGACAAUUGGUCAUUGUGCUGACCACAAGACACCUGAAAUAGAUGACCUUUACAUCAUCUGCCCAAUAGAUCACAAGGUCUGAAAGGGGAACUUUACUUUUUUAUGUCAAAGUAAUCCUAUUCAGUGUAAUACAGAAAUGAUUAGUUUCAUUAAAUUUAAAUAAGACUGAGCUAUAUCCAUGAGCUUUGUCAUUUCAAAAUACAAGUACAGAAUGAAAAACAAUCAAUAACAUGAUUAUCAUCAUUACAAAAUUCAAUGUUCAGAUAUUGAGUCUGUUAAUUCUUUGACUUAAUUUGUAUCUGAUGUACUAAGACCAUUGCUGUUGUUGUUUUAAAUUGGAGGCAAUGGUCGCUCUCCUUCUGGAGAUUAAGCUACUGCAUUUGACACUUCUUGUAGCUCUAUUUCUCCCCAUUGUACCUUUGAGAUAAGAUCAUAAGUUGUUACCAUGUUCUCACAGUCCAGAAGCACCUUUGUGAUAUUUUUUUUGUCCAUGUCCUCAUGUUCCAUACAUUUAUACCAUAAAAAUAACUUUUUUUCAAAUCUCCCUCUCUUGGAGCAGAAACUAGAUAUCACAGGGUUUUUUCUCUUACAUCAGGAAGUGGGAUAACAGCAUAUUGUGGGUUACAGCUCCAAUGCUAUUGACAAAGUCAAGAAUAAAUUCAUUCAAGAUCAAAGAUGGAUGACAUGAAACAAGACUUUAGUGAUGAACUCAGAAAUGUCAUAAAAAUUGAGAAGAUAGAAUGGUCACCACUUUCAGAGACACCAGACAAAAACUCCAUUGGUCAAAUUUUUCAAUCAAUUUUAUCAGAAAAGACAGAGAAGACAUCACAAGAACAAGUGCACUCAGCGUCAAAGAUGGAUGACAUGAAACAAGACGUGAGUGAUGAACUCAGAAAUGUGAAAAUUGAAAGGAAAGAAUGCUCUCCACGUUCAGACACACCAGAACACAGCUCCACCAUUGGUCAAACUUUUGAAUUUGUUACAUCAGAGAAGACAAAGAUAUCUGAAGAACCAAUUCUUUCAAGAUCAAUAAUGAAUGACUUAAAGCAAGACGUAACCAAUGAUUUAAAAAAUGUCAUAAAAAUUGAGAAGAAUGAAUCCUCUUCAGAUACAGAGACAUCAGAAUAUAGCUCCACUAGUCAAAGUUUGGAGUUAUUUUUAGCUGAUGAAACACAGAAAAAGGAAAAUAAACUGAGUCAAGAAAUGAUUUUCCACUGUGAUAUCUAUCCUAGUAACGCUCAAGAUGUGUAUGCUAGAAACACUCCUUACAAAGAUUUGUAUGCUGGAAACUUGAAAGAUCAAGGAACAAAUCAUUCCAAUGAAAAUAAACUCCACCAGCUGAUUGAUGCUGGGAAACAAGCCAACCAAUCUCAGAUGUGUACAGAAACAUUUCCCGGUUCAUCAACAGUAAAAAACAAUGAGAUGAUGUGUUCUGGUAAAAAGACGUUUCAAUGUAAGAUUUGUCAGAAAGCAUACACUCAAUCCUCAAGCUUGAAACGCCAUGAGACGACACAUUGUGGGAAACCACUGAAAUGUAAAAUUUGUCAGAAAGAAUACACUCAGCACUCUAGCUUAAAGUACCAUGAAAUAACUCAUUAUGAUAAAAAGCCAUUUCAGUGUAAGAUUUGUCAUAAAAAAUAUACACUGUUCACAGAUUUGAAAUGCCAUGAGGCAAUGCAUUCUGGGAAAGAGAUGUUUAAAUGUGACAUUUGUCAUAAGCUCUUCACUCAGUCAUUCAACUUAAAACGCCAUGUAUUGAUUCAUUCUGAUAAAAGACCAUUUCAGUGUAAAAUUUGUCUAAAAGCCUUCACUCUAGCGUCAUCCUUAAAACGCCAUGAAGUGCUUCAUUUUGGUAACAAAAAAUUUAAAUGUGAAAUUUGUCUGAAAGAAUUCACUCAGGCUGUACACUUAAAGAGCCAUGAGAGGAUUCAUUCUGAUAAAAAGCCAUUUCAUUGUAAAAUUUGUCAAAAAGAAUUCAGUUUUUCUUCUGGUUUAAAGCACCAUGAGGUCAUUCAUUUUGGUCAAAAACCAUUUAAAUGUGAAAUUUGUCAGAAAGAAUUUUUUAUAAGCUUAAAACGUCAAAAGUUAUUUCAUUCUAAUCAAAAGUCAUUUCAGUGUAAAACUUGUCAGAAAGAAUUCACUCUGUCCUCUAGCUUAAAAUCUGAAGUGACAAAUCAGUCUUGUCAUGAGAAUGUGAUUAUAUUUGGCUUAUUUAGUGGGUCAAAAGUAUUAUUUUCAUAAUAUAUAUUGUGUCUUAUCCAGGAGGAAAUGAAAAAUCAAAACACAACUUAGAAAUUAAAAAAAAAAAAAAAUAUAUAAAAUGUAUUAAGUUAUAAGGAAACAUUGUGGUUGAGGAUUGAACAUUUUUUUUUAUUCUUUACUUUUCUUGAGCUAAACAGAAAAUUAAAAAAAAUGCAUAAGUGACAAUACUUUCUGAGAAAUGAAACAAAAUGCUGUAAGUUGGACACACUAAAUUUACACACAUCAAAGAACACAAAAAAAAAAAAAAAAAAGUCAACAAGGAAUUGAAGAAAACUUGUAAUAAAUACAGUGCAGGCUUACGUAUAAACAAAAGAAUAUUAAUGCACUAAUAUAAACUGUAUUAUAAGCAAACACAUACAACUAUCACAAGACAAUUACAUUGUAACUGUCCUAAAAGAAAUAGUGUGAAAACUUGUGAUAAGUUGGACACAAACCAGUUGCUUUGUCCUAAGAGAAAUGGAAGGAGAAGAAAUUGUUUCUUCUAAUAUCAUAACUAGAGUGAUGUCUUCAUUCAUGAAGCAAUGUAGUACUGUUGUUGUCUCUGGUUCAUAAGUAAAUUAAGAGAGAGAGCAGGGCUGGUGGAGAACUUGUCAAUGUUUCAAAGAAAAUGUGGAGACUGGGUGACAAGCAGAAGACUUACCACUCAGUUACAUUGAGGAAAGGGUGUGGAGGAGACAAUUACAGCAGUGGUUCUCAACCUGUUGGUGGACUCCUUAGCAGUCAUAUGAUGAUUUUCCAGGGAUUGCCUAAGACCUAUGAAAAUAUGGAUUUAUAUGCCUUUUUAAAACUUGACCUCAUUUUUCAAUAAGCAGUUGUUGUUUUUUUUUUCAUUAUAAUUGUCAUUUGAAGAUAAAAAUUGCAAAAAUCUUAAUCCAAAAUAUUUCAAACAUUUUGUAACACUAUCAAAAGCACAGUCACUUACGCUUAUGAACUAAAAUAAUUUUAGUGGUCAUCUCUGAGUGUUCAGUUUGGGUAAACUAUUCAGGACAGUAGCUUAACUUUGAUGUACUAAAAAAUUAAUCCACCAAGUUUUAUGUUCAUUCUUUUUUCUACCUGUUCUAAGGAAUAAUAAUUGUACUAAGACUAAAACAUGUCUUAUAUGUCAGAAUAUAUUCAGUCCUAAACAUUUAAUUUUCAUUCUGGUUGAAAACAUUUUUGUAGUAAUCAUAGUUAAACAUCGUCUAUCAUUUCGUCUUUGAUUAAAACUACUCACAUUAGCCUCAAAGAAUUCUUUACAAGAAAUGGGAUAAGAAAUGGAUAAGUUUACAUUACUAUAUUCAAACACAAUCACCACAAGUACAAUAUUUCAUUUUUUGAUGAAAAAAUAUUUCAGUUUGGAAUAACAUAAUUUUAAGUUUUUUAAUUUCUAAUGAAUAAAAAAAUCAUAUAUUUUUUUUAAAUUUCUAAUGAAUGAAAAAAUCAUAUUUUUCUUUUGUAAAAUUUAAAUUAUAUGUAAUAUAUAUAUAUAUGUCAGGAAGUCAAUUUUCUUUUCCAGGAUAAUUGUUUAAAUUUCAAAAACUAAUGAUAUUAUUUCUGGUAAAAGGUAAUUGAUAUUCUAUUGGUAGAUAGGUUUAUUAAUAAUAUAAUUAUAAUAAAUACACAUUAAAAUUUUUUUACCUAAUAUAGGAAAGAAAUAUGUAACAUAUAGUAACAUGAAUAAAAAAAGUUUACACCAAAAGUUUAAUUACUUGAAUGCUGUUAACUUCAGUUCAGUUCAUUUAAAUAUUAUCAUAAUCAUACAUGGCAUAACCACCUUCCAACAAAACCUAAUUUUUUAUGACAUAAAUGUGGCACACAUCAUUUACAUU